AUGGGAUUUGAAAUGGGAGAAGUGGAGCAAGGUCAGGAUCAGCAUGUGGUGGAUGAAGACACCCUGGAAGAGGACGGGAGCCAGGACGCGGAGCUGCAGGGGCUGACGGAAGACGCCGUCUACACCACCAUGCGCUUCUCCAGGCCCUUCCGCUCCUGCGACCCCCAGGACCAAGACAUCACGAGUGACACAGUGAGGGUGCUGGCUGCCUAUGGCCCUGAUGACACCCUGAAGCUGGAUCGGGAGCGGAUGUUCGUGAAGUCCAUCUUCCUGCUCCAGAUCAUCCACCCCGACGAUCUCGACGCCCCCGAGGACGCCAUCAUCCACGACCUGGAGAUCACGGAUUGUGCCCCUUCCCCUCCUUCUCUGGGAGCCCCACUCCCACCCACUCAGCCUCUGUGGGUCCUGCUCCAGUUCCUCAUUCCAGAGGAUGACACCACCUAUGCCUGCACCUUCCUCCCUCUCCCCAUCGUUAGCAAGAAGCAUCACAUCUACAAGUUUGAGCCCAAACUGGAACCUCACAACGAGACCAUGGUGCACCACAUCCUGGUAUACGCCUGCGGCAACGCCAGCGCCCUCCCCACGGGCAUAAGCGACUGCUACGGGGCCGACCCUGCCUUCUCCCUCUGCUCCCAGGUCAUCGUGGGCUGGGCUGUCGGGGGCACAAGUUACCAGUUUCCGGAUGACGUGGGCAUCUCUAUUGGGACGCCCCUGGACCCCCAGUGGAUCCGACUGGAGAUUCAUUAUAGCAAUUUUCACAAUCUUCCCGGGGUGUACGACUCCUCGGGAAUUCGAGUCUACUACACGGCAAAGCUGCGCAAAUACGACAUGGGUGUCCUGCAGCUGGGCUUCUUCACGUUCCCCAUCCACUUCAUCCCCCCGGGCGCCGAGUCCUUCAUGUCCUACGGGCUGUGUAAGACGGACAAGUUUGAGGAGAUGAAUGGGGCCCCGGUGCUUGACAUCCAGGUGUAUGGCUACCUGCUCCACACCCACUUGGCUGGCCGGGCUCUGCAAGCCGUGCAAUACAGAAAUGGAACACAACUCCAAACAAUCUGUAAAGAUGACUCCUACGAUUUCAAUCUGCAGGAGACUCGAGAUUUACCUUAUCGCAUGGUCAUCAAGCCGGGAGAUGAACUGCUGGUAGAGUGUCACUACCAGACGCUGGACCGAGACUUCUUGACCUUUGGGGGGCCCAGCACCAUUAAUGAGAUGUGCCUCAUCUUCCUCUUCUACUAUCCCCGAAACAACAUCUCCAGCUGCAUGGGCUACCCCGACAUCAUCUAUGUGGCCCAUGAGCUGGGGGAGGAGGCUUCAGAUUCCAUGGAGGGCAUGAUGGCCAUGAACAAUGUGGAGUGGACCCCGGAAAGCAUUAAGAAGGCAGAGAAAGCCUGCAAGGAGGCCCAGCAGACGGUGAUAAUAAAGACCAUUGACGAGCUAGUGGAAAACACCACAGGCUGGAUUCCGGAAAUUGUCCCUACUCCCCGAGGCCCCUGCUUGGAGUCCUCCGGAGGCAAAGUGGAGCCCGAGGACCAAACCCCCGCUGGCUUCAGGGCUGCACCAAUGGCCCUCUCCGUCUCCAGCGCUGCUACUCCAAGUCGCCUCCCCCUGGCUGCCUUCUUACUUGGGCAGGGGACCCUCUCUUGGCUCCUUGCCACCCUGCAGGCUGGAGUCUGACACUGUCCCCUCACGUCAUGUACGCAGGCCCCUUUCUGCUCAAGCCUCCCCCUUUAUUAUCAAACAUAGAAACUCCCCUCCGCUUUGGCCCCCAAAGUCCCCCAUCUGUGCCCCCGCCCCUGACCUCAGUCAGGACCCUGCAGGCCUGGGCGUGGAGCAGAUUCCAUAAAGUCUCUCCCGUGACAAGCGCUACAAUCCAUCCUUUAAAACUUUAGAAGCAUUGGUGGGACCACACGUUUUCUAACCGAAUCUGGAUUCAAGGCUGGAUGAGGCGGUGGAUCUCUGGGCAGUCGGGGGCCCCAGCUCGAACACUGGGGAGGCUUUGUGGGGAGGAGGGGGCUUGAAUGCAGAAGGGGUGCCCUGUAAACCCUCCUCAGCCCAUGUUGGCCCUGGAAGGGCUCCUAUUUCUCUUUCUUCCCCCCUGCCUGCCAUGAGGCAGAGGCAACAAGCCACACCUGUGAUUUGUUGCGAAGGGAGGGGUUCUGUUUACAAGGGACAAAGACACUAAAUUAAAUAGAAUUCAACUCGCUUACUGUUGCCCUUUCUUUGCUAUGAGCCUUUGGUCCAGGAGAGGCAGUGGGAGGUCUCUUGAAUGGCUCAGGAUAAGGCUUCUGGGUUAUAUAGAUAAGAUAAGGACCUGGUUACUCAAAAUGCAACAUCUAAACAGCCCUUGCUGGCCUCAUCUGUGCCUCUACCGCCAGGUGAUCUUCGUUGACUCAAUAAGCAUCACAUUCUCACAUUCGCAGCACUCAGUUCAGGAGUUCCUGUUGUGGCACAGAGGAAAUGAAUCUAGGGGUUCCAUCCCUGACCUCGCUCAGCGGGUUAAGGAUCCAGCAUUACCAUGAGCUCUGGUGUAGGUCGAAGAUGCG